UAUUUAUGAACCGGCCGUCGUUUCCCCCACCGUCCACCUCAUUCCCCUAUCGCCGGCGGCCUGUUAUUCACACUUCCAUCUUUCAUUAUUGUUGCAUGCCUCCACAGAAUCAAAAUUCUCUUUGAUCUCUAAAACCCUCCUUUUAUAACUGCCGUGAUUCGCUAUUUCUUCUGCUCUUAUUUGCUUGUCGACAAGACGAAGUGUUUGCUACAUAAUUUUAUGUCAUUAAAUAGAGAAAACUGUUAUUGCAACAAUUUGGACAUGUUUGAAUUAUGCGGUGAUUAUAGUCCCGGAGAAGUGGAUACAAGAGCGGUUAAAUUAGAACUAAAUUCAGUUGGGAUAACAAGUGAGCAAAAUCAGUAUCUUCCUGACGUGACCUUGCAUAGAUGGUCCACUGCUCAAGGAAGAACACACGAAUCUGAAAAGAAUCGGAGCCUUAGUGCCUCAAGUACGGGUCAAAGUGGCACUUGCAUAUUGGAUCAGGAGCAAUCACAAGUUGGUGAUUCAGACCCUUGUUCUACAUCGUCAAUAUCGGCAGCGCCCAUUUGUCGCCAAUUUUGGAAAGCUGGGAUCUAUAAUGAGGAUUUAACUCGUGUGCCCAAAAAUCAUGCUGGUUCAAGUUAUCUACAUAUACACCCGAAGUUUCUUCAUUCAAAUGCCACUUCACACAAAUGGGCCUUUGGUGCCAUUGCCGAGCUUCUUGAUAAUGCUGUGGACGAGAUACAAAAUGGAGCCACAUAUGUAGUCGUAGAUAAGACCUCAAACCCGAGAAAUGGAAGUCCAUCAUUGUUAAUUCAAGAUGAUGGGGCUGGGAUGGAUCCAGAAGCAAUGCGCCGAUGUUUGAGUUUUGGGUUUUCAGAUAAAAAGUCAAAAUCUGCAAUUGGAAAGUAUGGGAACGGCUUUAAAACCAGUUCUAUUAGGCUUGGAGGAGAUGCCAUAGUUUUCAGCCGCAACUUUGUGGACAGGACAUUGACACAAAGCAUUGGCCUUUUAUCUUAUACAUUUUUGACACGAUCAGGCUAUGACAGAAUAGUUGUUCCGAUGGUCCAUUAUGAGUUCAAUUUUAUGACGGGUUCUUUUGAGUCGCUACAAUCGAAAAGUCAUGAACAAUCUAAUACCAACCUAUCUGUGCUUCUGAAGUGGUCUCCUUACUCAACAGAAGAAGAGCUACUAAAGCAAUUUGAUGAUGUUGGUUCUCAUGGGACGAAAAUAAUCAUCUACAAUUUAUGGCUCGAUGGUGAGGGUAAUAUGGAGCUUGAUUUUGACUCAGAUCCUGAGGAUAUUCGUAUUCGAUGGGAUGGAAAAGGUAAAGCGAAAGAUGAUUCUCUUAAGGCAAUAAGUGAAAAUCACAUUGCCAAUCGCCUCCGGUAUUCUCUUCGAGCAUACUUAUCCGUCUUGUACUUGAAAUUACCCGAUACUUUCUGCAUUGUAUUGCGCGGAAAAGUUGUUCUCUAUUACAAUAUUGCAACAGAUCUGAAGAUCCCGGAAUUUAUCUUGUAUAAACCUAAUAGCAGUGGUUGCGUCGAGGGCAGUGUGGUUACGACGAUAGGAUUCCUGAAGGAGGCCCCGGAUGUGAAUAUCCAUGGUUUCAACAUCUACCACAAGGGUCGUUUGAUAUUGCCAUUUUUACCUGUUGUUAAUAUGGCCAGCAGCAGAGGACGAGGUGUUGUUGGUGUUCUUGAAGCAAAUUUCAUCGAGCCUACUCACAGUAAACAAGAUUUUGAAAAAACUAACGUUUUUCAAAAGCUUGUAGCACGAUUAAAGGAUAUGACAUUCGAGUAUUGGGAUUGUCAUUGUGGAUUAAUUGGAUAUCAGAUCCCUAAAAAAGCUCGACCGCCAUUAGCUUCAUCUACUUCUACACAACCACCUGUAGCCUCGAGAAAUCCCACUAUUGAGAAAAGAAAUGGACCACCAAUAAUCACUGUAGUUAACAGCAGGGUUGCUCUUAAUGCAAAUUUCUCUCAGGGGUCAAAUUUGAAGAGGAAAUUACCUGAUCAACCUGAUGAUUUCCAAUCAAAGUCCCAAAUGACAAAGACGAGUGCAGCUGAUACCGGGGCAAAUACGCCUCCUGAUAGUGCACAAACUGAAAAGAAGAGAAUGAUGUUACAAAAAAACAAGAAGCUCCAAGAGCAAUGCUUGGAGUUCAAGAGGGUGGAGGAAGAACUUAAUCUCAAGGUGAUGGAGCUUAAAGCAGAGUUAGGAGAGGCUCAGAAAGAAUAUGCUGCUUUGUUGGCAGAGUUAAAGCUUCUGGAGAAAGUUGAAGGAGAAACUAACACACAUCUAUACAACUCUCUCCUUCCAUGAAUAUAUAUGUGUGUGUGUAUAUAUAAACUAAUAUUAAUGGAGUUUGACAUUAGAAUCUAACUGUAGGUGCAGCUGUAAAUGUAAACAUAGGAGGUGCACAAUCUAACUUUUGACAACCGAUGUGAAAUCGUUUUUUCGUUCUUAGUGGUUGCA